GACGUUUUAUUGACUCUUACACGCAUUUCUCAGUGGUUCUAUCGCCUUCUUAAUACUAUCUAUCCAUCAUCUUCAUCAGCACUAACAACUACGAUGAUGGAUCGUAUUAUUUCUUCUUUGAUUGAUUUUAGAGCUUUUGCUAAUUCUUUUUUAUCAAAUUAUGAGCCUCUAGCUUUGCUUCUUGCUCCUCUUCUCACUCUUUUUACUGCCCGAAUUCUUCAAUCAUUAUGUCUUCUUGUUCACGAUAAUGGUCUCAAACCCACCAUUUUAGGGUUUCUAAUCACCUCCAUCAAGAUGGUGCCUGGUGUCAAGGGUUAUAUAGAAGCAGAGAAACAGAAGGUCGUGGAGAAGUUGCAGUCUGGAAGUAAAUCUAAAAGAGAUGGCUGGAGAUCGGAGCUACCAAAGGAAGGUUUAGGAGCAGCAGUGAUAGAGAAAUUGAAACAGGAGAAAAGUAAUGAUGUGGUUUGGCAAGGAAAAUGUUCUGGUACCGUCUACAUUGGAGGGAGUGAAUCUGAAGGACAUUUUUCUCUGAUAAAUGAGGCAUGCUCAAUGUUUGCACAUACUAAUCCACUGCAUAUGGACGUGUUCCAAACCAUAGCACAAUGUGAGGCAGAAGUGGUAGCUAUGACGGCAGCACUACUUGGCAGCAAAAACAAAUCUUCCGGAGGAGAAAUAUGCGGUAACAUGACUUCAGGAGGAACUGAAAGUAUAUUAUUGGCCGUGAAAUCAUCCCGUGACUAUAUGAAAGCUAAGAAGGGAAUCAAAAGACCAGAAAUGAUCAUACCUGAAUCUGCACACUCAGCAUAUGACAAGGCAGCACAAUAUUUCAACAUCAAGCUGCGGCGUGUUCCAGUCAAUAAAAAUUUUCAAGCUGAUGUCAAAGCAAUAAGACAGCAGAUUAACAAGAACACUGUUUUGAUUGUUGGAUCUGCACCUGGGUUUCCUCAUGGCAUCAUUGAUCCUAUUGAGGAGCUUGGUGAAUUGGCAUAUAGCUAUGGAAUAUGUUUCCAUGUUGACCUUUGUCUUGGUGGCUUUGUAUUGCCUUUCGCUUGUAAGCUAGGGUACCCGAUUCCACCUUUUGAUUUUUCUGUUAAAGGAGUAACCUCAAUAUCAGCGGAUGUGCAUAAAUAUGGACUGGCACCAAAAGGAACAAGUGUAGUUCUAUACAGAAAUCAUGAUAUUAGAAAGGUAAAAACUAUAGUUUUAUCUGUAACUCUAUACAGAAAUCAUGAUAUUAGAAAGCAUCAAUUUGUUGCUGUGACUGAGUGGUCAGGUGGGCUCUAUGUCUCUCCUACUAUUGCUGGAAGCAGGCCUGGAGGUUUGAUUGCUGGGGCUUGGGCGGCGUUGAUGGCUCUGGGGCUAGAAGGGUACCUGGAAAACACUAAAGCAAUAAUGGAAGUAUCAAAGAGAAUACAGAAAGGGAUUAAAGAAAUACCAGAGUUAUUUAUCAUUGGAAGGCCAGACAUGACAAUUGUGGCAUUUGGAUCUAAUGAUCUAGACAUAUUUGAAGUCAAUGAUAUCAUGUCAUCCAAAGGCUGGCAUUUGAAUGCAUUGCAAAGACCCAACAGCAUUCAUAUCUGCAUUACCCUUCAACAUGCACCCGUUGUUGAGGACUUCCUCCGGGAUUUGAAGGAAUCUGUACAAACUGUGAAAGAGAAUCCUGGUCCAAUAAAUGGAGGCCUAGCUCCAAUAUAUGGUGCUGCUGGGAAGAUACCAGAUAGAGGCAUGGUUCAGGAAUUGCUGGUGAACUACAUGGACAGUACAUGCUAAUGACAUUUCCAUGCUAUGGUUUUGUGUCUGUUCUUUUUCCUUUCAUUGUUUUUUGCACCAUUGAUUUGUAUUAGAACGUGUUGGUGAAGUGAUGCAAACUGAAACAGCACAAGAAAUAGAGCAAUCACAUGUAACACAAAAUUAUGCCUAAUAUGGUUACACCAUACAAUAAUUUCAAUUCAGAAUUUUAUCACUCAA